AUGGCCAAAACCACACGCCGAGAGCAAUUCUUAAACUGCAGGGUUCAACUACACGAGUUCCUUGAAACCGAAGAAGAAGGCCGUCGGGUUAUUAGCCCUAGGACUGAACAGAUUGUACAAGGCCUUAUUCAACGUUUAGAUGAUCAAAUAGAAAACCCUGACUUCCGGAAGGAGAAAAGGUUUGCUCGCGAGAUGACAAAAGAGAUAUCGGACAUGCAUAAUCGAAUAAGCACCGACAAAGCCUAUGAACCAGCUUUUAGAAAACUGGAAGAGCUAAUGGAGGUGCAAUUUCAUCUUCGAUACGGCGAUUAUCUGGCUCUAUACACAAGCCACAUGAGAAGAGCAGCGAGAGACCUCCGAAACAACAACGACCAUGUCAUCAGAAGCCCCAAGUCUACUCCUGACGAGUCCGACUCUGAUCCUGACGAGCGCAGGCCUCAUCCGGACGAGCUCAAGCCCGCCGAUGACCUUAAGCCUGCGCCUCACGCCAUGGAGAAAGAAGCAUGGCAAUUCUUCUUGCGCGAAUCAUGGUCAGCGAUAUACGAGCGUCUACAAGAUAAAAAUGUAUUCAACACCGGUAAGGAAUGUCCAAACGACCCACUGGCAAGCGACGUGCCCCUAGUGAGGCUGCUGCAAGUGGUUGCUAGGCUCAUAAACCAGGACACGCUGGGUGUUGCAAAGGCCAUAGGAGCGUAUGUUGAUCGCAACAAGGUUGCCCACAGUCAACUACAAUUCUAUAUCCAGAAAAAGGACUCACUUCAAAUUGCGGCCUAUUUCAGCACGGAUCUAGAAGCUCUAGCUACACCACCGAGAAACUGCGCGAAAAAUGUGCCCAUCAUUAAAACUGCGAUACUUUUUAUUACUCUACUAUUCUUCAAGGAAUUCAGGUGGGAUGAUGAGCGACAAAAGGUCACCUUGUGCAUACCAGAUCCUGCCUUCCUGGAAGACCGAUCUUCAACGGCCGAAAAAGCACGUUUAGAAGAAUACAUGAACAAGCUUACACCCGUGUUUAAGCCAUAUUCGCUGAGCUUGAAUCAUAUUGACCUGCUCAACCCUGCUGCUACUACUGCUACUGCUGCUAUUACUGCUACUACUAUUGAUACUGCUACUGCUGCUACUACUGCUACUGCUGCUACUACUGCUACUACUGCUACUGCUGCUACUGCUGCUACUGCUGCUGCUACUGCUGCUACUGCUGCUGCUACUGCUGCUACUGCUGGGUGA